AUGGAAACCAAGGACGAAAGCUCAAAUCAUGGCAGUGAUGAGGACCGACUCAUCAGCCUCGGGCACAAGCCUGAGCUCAGAAGGACAUACACCUUCUGGAGUCUGAUGGCAUAUCAGACGACAAUUUUAUGUUCCUGGUCAUGUAACAUUGUGAUGUUUUAUUAUAUAUUCACUUUGGGAGGUCCUGUCAGCCUCGUUUGGGGAACUGUUGUCGUGACCACCGGACAGAUCUUUGUCAUGGCAUCGCUGGCCGAGUACUGCUCAAUAUGGCCUACGGCCGGAGGACAGCAGUUCUACACCCAAGUUGUUGCACCAGAGAAAUUCCGACGAUUCCUGUCCUAUGUGGUUGGCUGGUGCGUCUUGGUGGGCGAGAUCUCGACAAGCAGCAGCUGCGCCUUGAACAGCGCAGAAAUAGUGUCCGCACUCGUGGAGAUAAUUCAUCCAGAGGUUGACUGGAAGCCCUACAUGACAUGGUUGAUAUACACAGGCUUCCUUGUGGCUCCUGCCGUGUCCAAUCUGAUGCCCCGAUACCUUCCAGCCUUGCAAAUUUUCGGUGCCGCUUUCAACAUCGGCAAUGGACUGAUCUGGGCCAUCGUUUUCUUGGUGAUGGCCGACAAGAACAGCGCAAAGUUUGUCUUCACAGAAUUCCUCAAUACAUCGGGGUGGAAAUCCACCGGCUGGGUCUUCAUCUUGUCGAUGUAUGUUCCAAUCUAUGGAUUGUACGGAACAGAUGGUGUAAUGCAUUUGGUUGAAGAAAUGAAGAAUGCUUCUCGUGAUGCUCCCCGGGUGAUGGUAUGGUCGAUGGUUUGGGCUGGUGUUACCGCAUGGCUUUCAGCUAUCGUUAUGUGCUUGACCGUCGGUCCUCAUUGGGAAGAUUAUCUUCAGGCCACCUCUUCCUACGUUGCUUGGUUCAUGGAUGUCUUGGAUUCAACGUACGGUGGCGGUAUUUGGUGUGCCAUCAUGAUGAUGGGUCUGAAUUAUCUCAUCAUCGUGAACAUGAACACGGCUGGGUCUCGAUUGGCAUGGUCCAUGGCUCGAGAUCGUGCCUUCCCCUUCUCAGAAUACUUCGCUCAAGUCAGCAAACGAUUCGCAAUGCCACUACGAGCUAUGGUGGGCGUCAUUGUACUGAACCUUCUGGCCGGGUUGCUGGUUCUUGGGAGCAAAUUGGCUUUCUACGCCAUCAUCUCAGGUGGUGGUGUUGCACUUCAGGUCUCAUACUGCGUACCAAUAUUGUGCGUGGUGUUGAGAGGACGAAAGAUUCUCCCUCCCCGGCCCUACUUUGACCUUGGACGGUGGGGCUACACUGUGAACAUUGUUUCUUUACUGUGGAGCGUUGUUGUAAUCUUGUUCUAUAUCUUCCCACAAUAUGUGCCCGUGGCUGGAGAUAUUGCAAAUAUGAACUGGGCCAUUGCAAUCCUCGGCGGGAUAGUGUUGCUGUGUGGGCUUUACUGGGUUUGGAAAGGGAGACAUGAGUACCUGGUCUUCAGCAACUCCGUUCUCGAUGACAAUGUGAUUAUCCAUGGGAGUGCUGCGGUAAGCGGCCGGAAUGCAGUUGAUGCCUUUGGACAGCCGGCCCAGGACACCAAGAAUCCCUGA